AUCCACUUUCUGUUUGUGAACAAGUUGGUGUCUGUCGUGUUUAUGUUGGUUUAUAAAUGUUUAAACCUCGUUUGUCGGAAGUUUAAUUGCUUCAGUCUGUUUGCAAUGUUUUAUGCUGUCAAAACUGGACGGAAACCCGGUGUAUAUACUUCGUGGUCAGAGUGUGAAGAACAGGUGAAGGCAUUUCCCAAACCCAAGUACAAGAAAUUUCCCACGGAAGAAGAAGCUUGGGAGUUCAUUAAAGGAGAAGCACCAGGCUUCCCAGCAUCAUCAUCAACAGAGCUUCCACAAGUAGCAAGGAUGUCGACAUCAGACAGCAGUGUUUUUUGUGACUCUCUGAACACUGUCAAACUGACAGCUAAAACCCUUCAACAUCAGAUGGAAAUGAUGUCAUCAACAUUUGAUACGUUGUGUAACCAGAUAGAACAUUUGGAGAAACUUGUUCCAGGGUUUAGUGGCAGAACCUUUUCAGCCAGUGACUCUGUUGGACAGUUCUCGAAUUCUGAUGGAGGAAUGAGUAGAAAAACACAUGCAGAUGCUAUAACAUGCAUUAGUACUCUUGAAAUGUUGAAUUCUUGUGGGGGAAUGAAACGAAAACUUACUCCUCUUAAACGAUCCUUUACUGAUGGACCGGAUCCAGUUGAACCUGCAAGUGGUUCAAAGGUGAAAAAAUCUAAAACUUGUGGGUGUCCAUUCAAUGAGGAACAAGGAACGGUAGUCUACACAGUCGGUACUUGUUUUUGCAAUGGGAAGAACGGAGCCCAAGCUGGGAUUGGUGUCUACUGGGAACCAGAAAAUCUCAAUAAUGUAAGUGAGCGACUAACGGGCAGACCAACAAAAAACAGAGCUGAGAUACAUGCAGCUCGAAAAGCAAUUGAGCAGGCUCAAGAGGGAAUAAAAAAUCUGAUACUGUAUACUGACAGCAUGUUUUUGAUAAACAGUAUUACCAAGUGGGUAAAAGGAUGGAAGAAAAAUGGUUGGAUCCUAUCUACAGGCAAGCCUGUGAUAAACAGAGACGAUUUUGAACAGUUGGAAGCAGCAAUGAAGAACAUGAAUAUUAAAUGGAUCUAUGUUCGAGGUCAUGGGGGUGACCCAGGAAAUGAAGCAGCAAGCAAAUUAGCUACUACCGGUGCCAAAAAACCUUUGCCAGAUGACUGAAAAAUGUGUUAGCUACUUCAAGUGUCGGAAAACCUUUUCGUAGAUGAUUGAAAAAUGUGUUAGCUAUUUUAGGUGCCAGAAUUUUUUUGCCCGACUGACUG